AAAGAAGUUAAGCUUUUUUAAAGGUACAUAUAUGUUGCUGGUCUUUUUACAUUAACAGCCAGGAAUUAAAUUAUCAGAUGCAUUGCUGGAUCCUGCAGCUUCUUAGCUCAAAUGGUGCUGGAAUGAACAGCUGCAUAUCACAGAAUUAUUAUGGUGGGAGAAGACCUCUAAAUCAUUCAGUCCAGCUAUCAACCCACUACCACCAUACCACUAACCCAUGUCCUUCACUGCUACAUCCACCCUUUUCUUGAACAACUCCAGAGAUGGUGACUCCACCACCACUCUGGGGUUUUAUGUAGACGCAAGAUGCGUUUAGUGCUACUGUCACAUUUGGGGUAGAAAAUUUAUCAUUACUCUCUGUAUUGCCCAUAAUACUAAAAUGAAAGUGUAUGCUACAAGGGUAGAUACUUGAAAGAUAAUUAUUAGAUAACAGGUAGCUUGACUGUAAGGUUGAGCAAAAACAAGGAUUAAAAAGUGUUGCUUUGUUCCACAAAAGCAACAGGGCUAGGAGGAGGGCUGGUGCUAACAGAAAUGCAUGGAGGACUGCCAGAAUCCCCUUCACUUUGGUUAUGUCUGGAACAGUGGUGGCAUAUCACUUACAAAAGUUGAAUUAGGAUCAGUGAAAAUGAGCUCAAGCAUUCUUAAAAAUAAAUUUGGCAGUACAUACUCUACAGUGUGUCAUCACCACUGAACACAGGAAACAAGCAGCCACCUUUUGAGGCAGGAUUUCUUUUGACUCACUGAAAGGCCUUCAUCCUGUUCCCAGAACUUGACCUAAAUAAAGUUACUACUUCUCUGUUUCUGUCUUUAAACGCUUCUGAAAUGGGUGUAUUCAGACAAGGACUGUCCUAUAAAUGGUUGGAUCGCAUCCUUUCCCUCAGUCUUUGCAAGUCCUGAAUAUUCCUCCAUGUAGGAGUUGCCAAAUUACAGCCAGAAGGGCAAGCCAGAAUGCAGGCAAUAGGGAGCUGCAGAAUUCUUAAAGAGCUGUCUACCACCUGCUGCCCACCCCCAGCCCCUCACAUUUCUGGUCUCACCAUGGCUGGUGUCUGUCUGCCCACAGAGAAGGUACAACUAUCCUGAGCACUAAGCGUGUUACUUGGGACCAAACCUUGAGACUGUAACACUGUAGGUGUAGCAGUGAUUUAAUGAGGUGUUUGCUGCACUAAAUUCAGUCUCUCCAGAGUAAUUGCAGCAGCUUCAUUUAACAAAGCAGUAACACUUGCUAAAGUCAAUAUACAUAACGUGCAACCUUUUGCAACCUCACUUCAUUAUUUACCUGCUGAGGUAACAGUCAUAGAUGCAUUGAAUACCCCGAGUUGGAAGGGGCCCGCAAGGACCACCGAAUCCAACCCCUGGCUCCACAGAGCCCCUCCCAGAAUCAAACCCUAUGAGAGCAACGUGAAACAACUCCUUCAACUCCGGCACUCGGUGCCGUGCUCGCUGCCCUGGGCAGCCCGUUCCAUGCCCACCGCUCUGUGGUGCAGCCCCUUUCCCUGACCCCUAGCUGCUCCUCCCCUGACACAGCUCCGCGCCGUUCGGUCUGGGGGUGGGACACGUUGAGUUGGGUAGGGUAGGGCAGUUCGGCAGAUUUUCCGCCUGACCACUUUUCUGCCUGACCACUUUAGGACUAACCAAAGGUUAAAGCCUAUUAGUGAGGUAAUUAUCCUAAGGUCUCUUGAGCACCGACCAACCACCUCGCUAGGACCCUGCUCGAGUGCUCGGUCACGCUGUACCCAAGCUCCGUGAGCGAGACGAGCCCUUAACGCGCGGGCAGCGCCGACGCGUCCCCUCCAGGUCCCAGCCGGAGCGCCCCGCCCGCCCCGGUCCCCCCGCCGGAAGUGAGGGUGCGGGGCGGCCCCUGGCGGCGGCACGGCUUCACUCCCCCCCACCCGGUCGCCCGCUGCCCUCGGUCCGGCGCGGUCCGCCAUGCUGUUCCGCUUCGGCGUGGUGCUGCCGGCCCGCAUAGCGGAGGGCGGUGGCGCGCUGCUGGUGGCCGGCUCGCGGCCAGAGCUGGGCGAAUGGGACCCGCAGCGCGCCGUGCCCAUGCAGCCGGCCCGACCGGCCGCGGCGCUGGCGGCCCAGGAGCCGGUUUUGUGGCUGGGGGAGGUGCUGCUGUCGGACGAGGACACCGCCAGCCCUUUCUGGUACAAGUUCCUGCGGCGGGAAGGCGGCCAGCUGCUCUGGGAAGGUAAUGGGCCCCAUCAUGAUCGAAGUUGUGUUUACAACCAGAGCAACAUAGUUGAUGGAGUGUACUGCCUCCCGAUAGCACACUGGAUUGAAGUCUCUGGACAUACUGAUGAGAUGAAACAUACAACUGACUUCUAUUUUAAUAUUGCAGGACAUCAAGCUAUCCACUACUCAAGAAUUCUGCCAAACAUCUGGCUGGGAAGUUGCCCUCGGCAGCUGGAGCAUGUGACGGUCAAGCUAAAGCACGAGCUGGGUGUCACAGCAGUGAUGAACUUCCAGACCGAGUGGGACAUUGUUCAGAACUCCUGGGGCUGCAAUCGCUACCCAGAACCUAUGAGCCCUGAAGUCCUCAUGAAACUGUACAAAGAGGAAGGUCUUGCCUAUGUCUGGAUGCCAACUCCAGACAUGAGCACUGAAGGAAGAAUACAGAUGUUGCCACAGGCUGUCUGCCUCUUGCAUGGGCUGCUGCAGAAUGGACACACUGUCUACGUUCAUUGCAAUGCUGGCGUUGGCAGGUCUACAGCUGCUGUCAGUGGCUGGCUGAAGUAUGUGAUGGGAUGGAGCCUGCGGAAGGUGCAGUACUUCUUGGCUUCCAGAAGACCAGCUGUCUACAUAGAUGAGGAAGCUCUGAUUCGUGCUGAAGAUGAUUUCUUCCAGAAAUUUGGACCUCUUCGUUCCUCAUGUAAAGUAGAAGAGUAGAAAAGCAGAAGAAAAAAAGGGCGGUGAAGAACAAUCCUUACAUGUGAAUCCCAGCGAUGAAGAAAUCAUGAAUCAGACUUCUGCCUCUCCUCAUCAGAUUGCACACCUGUCAUAACAGCCCUGAGAAUUUUGUUAAAAAGUGCCUUUGAGUGUUUAUCAUUUGUGUUCUUUAAGCUGAUACGAUUCAUGUUUUUAAGCCUUUUGCUGCAAGUACAAGACCCGAAGGUCUGUGAAAGGAGACUAAGAUUCUAUUUUAACUAUUUGCCUACAGGAACUGAGUGUUAGGGUAGACAUAAUAAGACAAGACUUGAAAUAAAAUAAUUACUGUUGGCAGUAUUUUAGUGACAGAAAAGGAAGAUGUUCUCAGAAAAACAGGUGUAAGGUUGACUGAGUUGUGGUUCAGUUUUGGAUGGAGCUGAGGAUAGUCAAAGCGGCUCAGUUGUUUUAGAGUGUACAUUAUUAAAAUGUUUUCUAGUAAUUUUGUAGAAAAAUGGUUUUAGUGCAGAAGACCAGAAACCAAUUUUUCAUCUGAGUUUCUUGAGCAUAAAACUAGUAUCAAAUGCAGCCAACUAAUUUUUUUUUUUUUUUUUUGCCUAUGCAGUUCAUGUUAGAUAUUUUGAGAGCUCACAACCCUGCUUGGGUAAAACCAGUUUGCUGUAGGAUAGGUCCAAGAUUGACCAAGGGAGGAAAAACAUUCUCUAGAGAACAGAGGAUUAAGAAUACAUAAACAUUAAGAAACUAAUUUCUAUAGAUUUAUUUUUCAGUGAUUUUUUUUUUUCUGGCCAACUGACUUGUCCUUCUAAAGACCCCAUCAGUGCCAGUGUAAUAUAACUGAUAAAUUUAGUUUAUUUGAAUAUGUAAUAUAGAAAUGAGCUGCUCAUGGAGAAAGUCCAGCAUAAUGCAAUAUGAUAUUUUAUUUAACUUCUACUUUAAUUAUCUUCAAAAGAAAAAUGGCAAUUUAAGUUAUUCUAAAUGUGUGGUUUUGAUCAUGACUUCGUUUCUGGUUUGUUUCUUUGUUUUUGCUUUGAAGUAAUACUGCCUGUUUGGAUAUGAACUGUUAAUGGAGAAUGCCCAGCAUAACACAAUAUGUUUUAUUUAUCUUCUAUUUCAGUAGUCUUCAAAAGGAAAAAAAUGUUUAAAUUAUUCUAUAUGAGUGGUUUUGAUCCUGAUUUGUUGUGUUUUUUGGUGGUUUUUUUUUUUUUUUUUUUACAUUUUUUGUUUGCUUGUUUGGUUUUGGUUUUGCUUUGCAAUAACAGUGCCUAUUUAGAAAGUGGGUGAGAAAAGUUCACUAAUUAAAUAACAUCAUGGUGAUUCCAGUAGUCCAUUUUGUCCUUUGUAUUUGGCUCUCAAUUUCAUACGUAACAGGAAGGGUGAUGACUGACCACUGUAUGGGGUAGGGGCCAGCCACUUCAGUGAUGCUGAUGAUCUGUUGCUUGUCUGCUAUGCAAUGCCAGUUCUGAGGGUCUGCUGUGUGCCCUUCCAAAUCAACAUUGAGAGGAGGAGGAUGCCAUGAGGAGCAGAAACUGGAACUUGCUUAAUUUUUACACUUCUUUUGGGAUACACUUGAAACCCGAAGGUUAAAUUGUGUUUCUUUUCGAUUUGAUGCAAUUUGUCUAUUGUGACCAACACUUGUGGCUUUGCCCCUGAAAUGUUAUUAGUUUCAUAGAUGACUGUAUUUCUUCCUUAGAGUUCUUGGGACUGAACGGUGCAUAACAUGGUGCACACAAGUGAGUGUACAGCUAAGAUAUAACCAUGCUGUGUUGGCUAUUCCUUAAUGCUCGUUUCCUUAGCAGUUGAAGCAGACUGAUGCUUCGUCUCUUGAAGUGCAGGAGUUCAGAUGAUACAGAAGCCAUUUAUUUAAGGAAGCCCUGGCAAGGGAUUGUUAAUUCACUGUUUAUUGCCAUUUCAGUUUCCUUGUCUGUUAAACUGAUGGUGAGCUGUAUCGUAUGCAGAUCACAGUAGCUGAUGAAAUACGUGAAAACAGCUUGUCAAUAUCAUUUAAACAGCAAGUGCAAGGAGUUCUUAUGGCUUGUAAUCCCUUUGUGCUGAUUUGUCGCUUUUUUUUCUCAUUGCCACCUCCUUGCUUUCUUCAUUGAAGGUCAGUCUGUCACAAGUAACAUCCAUUAAAAGUUCUGUCUGUUGAAAGCAGCUAGGAAUUCAAAUGCUGAAGAGAUCAUUGGAAAAGGCUACAGUAAUAGAAAAAGCAAUAAUAUGAAAAUAUAAUGUGUAUUACAUGAUAGAGCUGCAUCUACUGCUUAUUUAUUACAAUUGCAAUUUGCAAUAUGUUCUUCUGCUGAUUGGAUCAUUAGCUGUUUCCACAUACUAGAUUCCUUAUGCAGUUUCGAUGUCAGGAUGAGGACAGCUCUGUUGUUUACAUCCUAGUAUAGUUUACCAGCUUAGUCAUAAAAGUGCUGUGAUAUUUAGAGAAGGGCAACUCCCAUUGAAAGAAUAACACACAAAUAAACAAUAAUGCUAAUUUUACAGUGCACCCAAAAAGCCAAACUAAUGUGCAGACAGUAACAGGAACCAGGUAGAAAUAUUGUUAUAAAUUGUCACUGAAAAGCAUCAGUUAAGGAAAAUGGUUAUCUGCUUGUAAGAACAUCAGUAUUCUUUGUCCUUUUCUAGCAGUUUUUCACCUUUGCAGUACUGAAGAAAAAAGCAGGACUUGUUACAUGAGAUUGGGACCAUUUAUGAUUCAGGAUACUUAGAGUACCUCAGUGUCAUUAAUAGGCCCAGCAAUAGUGUCUGUUUGUUCCCAGGGCUAUGUAUCUGAAGGAUCAGAGCACAGCUAGCUCUUUCAGGUAAUGUCAUAACAAACGCGGCCCCUUGAUGAAUGGGUUGAGGUCUGAGAGGUUUGGUUUCAUGAAUAUUUUUGAUAUCAGAAAGCAGUUAAUGUGGACCUUCUGCAUGAGAUUUUAGUCAUGGAAUGCAGUUCAGUGAAGGACACUGGGCUGGCUGGCAGGGCUGCUGUAUACCCUCUUUCAUCCCUGGCUCCUGUGCACACUUUGUACUUCGACCUCUUUGGUAUUUGUCUGCUCAGGUGCUUAGGUGGCAAGCUCUCAGUCUUCCCUGUCUGCUUGUCCAGCACUGAACACAGUGUAGCUCUGGAUGUGGCUGGGACUUGGUUUUGUGGUUUUGUACUGGGUUGUGCUCCUGAGUAGCUGGAAAGUCUUACAAUGGGCAACUGAGUUGUAUGCGCUGCACAAAAGCUUAUUGCAAAACAGUGUCUCUGUUCUGGGGUAUUCCACCAGGACAGGGUGGAAUUAGGAUUUGAGACUCACAGCCAAGCCCUCUUGAGGAAAUGUGAUGGAGGUUAGGCUGUAGGUGGGCAGGAGCGGGGAAUGAACUCCCUAUUUAAAACAAAAAUGUACAAUACACCAGAAAAUGCUUGGAAACUCUGUACGUUACCGUAAGGUGACUCUCUAGCUAAAGUAGACCUACUUUUUGAGUUCUAUAGGAUAACACAUGGAGUUUAC